GGUAGUGACGUCACUGGUCAACACACGCACAUGUGGAGAGGAGGAGAAAAUGGCGUCGUGUGCGCCAGUUGUGUAAAGUUAUUUAUCUGACAACUAAACUCGUGUGUCUCUACACAGUAUGUGAACGUCUUUUACUGCAAUUUGAAUUCGUUUUAGAUUAGUGAAAGUUCUUAGUUUGUUUUGGUUGAAGCCAUGUCCGUGGUUCGGGGCAGGAAGUCGCCGAAGGCGGCGGAGUCCCUUCAAGCUAUGGACGACUAUCUGUCCUCCCUCGGCCUGGUUAGGAAACCCAUCGCCAAGGACGGGUCCUGUCUUUUCCGUGCGGUAGCGGAGCAAGUGUUCCAUUGCCAAGCGCGCCAUCUUGAAGUUCGGGAGGCAUGCGUACGCUACAUGGACAGAAACAGGGACAUUUUCGAAGCGUUUGUUCCCGGACCUUUUGACCACCACCUAUGGACCCUACAGAACCCUAAGGAAUGGGCAGGCCAAGUGGAGAUCAGCGCGCUGUCGUUGAUGUACAAGUGUGACUUCAUCAUCUACCAGGAUGUGGGGAGACCGCCAGCCAGAGUGACAGAGAACGGCUUCGCAGAUAAGGUUGUGUUAUGCUUCUCCCACGGCAAUCACUAUGACAGUGUGUACCCCAAACAGUUCCAGAUAGAUGCUGCUAUGUGCCAAUCUCUUGUGUAUGAGCUUCUGUACAAGGACGUAUUUAAGAUGGACCAUGACAUCGCCGUGGUGAAAGACAUGCUGGGUAACAAACAACAGAAGAUCAGGAAGGACAGCACCAGCGAAUCCGAGUCCUCACCCUCCAAGAACUGCGGAAGUGACAAACCUGACAGUGAACUUGAAGGGUCGACCGAGCUGGACGUGUCGACAGAGUCAGACAAGAGUAGAGACAACACAGAGAGACCAAAUGAGAAGGCAACACAAGCGAACGGUGCUGUAGAAUAUAGUAAGAAGGAUGGACGAAGGUUCCCCCUCCCCUUUAAGGUGGCCAAAGCCCUGGACCCUGAAUGCUACCGAAAUGUGGAAUAUGAUACAUGGAUGGACUCCAAGAAAGAGCAACAGCGUCAGGACAUGCACCUGGCGACUAUGAUGCAGUACGCCCCUGGAGACAAGUGCCAGGUUCGACUUGAAGGGAACGUCAAGUACUACAUGGCGCAUGUGCAGGAGGUGCAGGCAGAGAGCGGGCCGGUUACUGUCUUCAUAGAGGAGCUCGGAGAGAAACAUACCGUCCCAGUGAAGAAUCUAAAGCCCAUUACCCAGGUGCCUCCUGUACCAACUGUGCCCAUGCCUUGGACAGCAGUGCCAGCUAAGGGGUACAAGAACCUCUCUGGGUAUUAUCAGAAGGGUGCCAUAGUGCCACAGGAGAUAGCAGCAUGUUUCUCUCCCCCCUGGCACCCAUUUGCAGAAGAUCCUCGCAACAAGAGGAAGAACAGGAGGAAGGGAAGGGAAAACGGCAUCCCGCCGUUCAUGGUGCAGCGUGUGCAGCCGUCCCUCCCGCCCCGGCUCCAACACGAGGGGCAGUACAGCCCCAAGUACCACCACCACCACGGGAGGGAGUACCAGGGCAGAGACUACCAGGGGAGGGACUACCAAGGAAGGGACUACCAGUCCAGGGAGUACCAAGGAAGGGAGUACCAAGGGAGAGACAGGGACUACCAGCCAAGAGACAGGGACAGGGAGUUCCAGAGGCCUCCUCAUGGGCAGAGAUACAACGGACAGGCAAGUCCCCGGUACCAGCACUAUGGCAGGGACUAUCACAGCAGGGACUAUCAGGGCCGGAUGUACCACGGGUCCCCCCACGGCCACAGGUACAGCUCACAGGGGAGGAACCAGCCUCCGCGCUUCAUGCGUCAGGACCAGAUGGAUGGGAGGGGACCAGGGCCGCGGCCCGGCAGCAGGUACCAGUACAGUCAUGGGCGAGGUCGGGGGCGCGGCAGGAACACCCCCACCCCUCCCCCGGGGCCGCCCCAGGGGGAGAUGGACGAGAAGCAGGCCAUCGAGGAGUCCAUCGUUCUGUACGAGCUCCAGCAGAGAGACCCUGAUGCCUUCCCUGCACUGCCGACAUCUAACGGACAAGUGCAGCAUGUUCAAAGCAACACGGUAUGGGGGAGGGGGCGAGGGCGGGGCAUGGGGCGCCGCACACCCACCCCUCCCCCUCCCUCCACAACCCCCAGUGAUGGAGGCCACAGCAUGACCAUGGAGGAAGGCUCUCUCUGCAGCAGCAUGCAGGAGCUCAACAUGAACGAGAGGGCCAGUCCUGAUGGUGAGCGUAUUUGUUCGCCGGUGUCGCACCAGAUGGAAGUGCCUCCCAUGAAGCGAGUCAUGACCCCCACCAAGGAGUUCGUGCCACGGUCCUCACGAACGCCGUCCCCGUACCAGAACCCGACCCCUCCACUGCAGAGUCAAAGUGCCAAUGCAGAAAUCAGCUCUUCCAACAGCGGCAGUAAUCAGCAGAUGUCCACAGAUAGCACCUCCUCCCCUGCCUCUACCCCCAACACCCCCCCUCCCCAGACUGUGGCGCCCAACGGUUACGUCCCUUACAUGCAGCCCAUGCACGUUCCCUUCUACCCUAUCAUGAUCCAAGCCACCGACAACCUGACGGGGCCCGUCAACCUCAACUUUGGGCCCUCCAGGGACCCGUAUGGGAACGACUUGCCACAUUCAGAUGUCUCUACACUUAGAUUCUUCUACAACUUGGGCAUUGAGUACUAUCGCUGCUGCAUGAGUAUGAUGGCCAUACAGCACCAGCAGCAGGAGGCAGCCAUGGCCAAUGCUUACUUCUACAACCAGGCGCAGGGACAGGUGCAGCCACAGUAUCAGCCAGCGAGCAGCUCUGAUGGACAGAACAGCAGCGGUCAGCCGGCCCAGGAGGGGGAAGACCCGCAGCAGGAGGGCUCGGACCAGCUGCCGCCCAACGGUCAGUCCCAGGACAAGCCCCUGCCCCAGGGCGCUCAUGUCUACACUUCUGCCAGCUCCUUCAAUCCCGGCAAUCCGCCUGGCGAUUACCAUACUGGCGCUGGGUCUGAUUACCCGCCCGGUAAAACUAACAAGUCGUGCAGUGACGAUAAUUCUAACGAUUCUGUAGGUAAUAAUAAGGAUGUGUCAGUGUCCAGGAGUAACUCGAUGACUAGUGUACAGUCUAGUGGUGACAGUGCUAGUAUGAAUGUACAGUACGGUAGCGAUAGUGUGUGUGGCAGUAGUGUUUCCUAUGUGCAACCGUCCCCCAACGCCCUUCAGCAGACGUCCUCGAGCACCACUGUCGGUAGCGAGGACUCGUCCCCGGACUACACCGACUCCGGUGUGGCGUCCGAGGGCAGCGGGUCACAGUCCUCGAUCCCCCGCCCCACGAGCCUUGGCCCCGGGCUGCCCAAGAGGCACUACAUGGAGCACCGCGGGUCCCCUAAACUCAUCCCCGGGAGGUGGAGCACCCCCGAACGGUCGGGCAGCAGCGAUAGCCUGAACCAGGAGGCGUUCCACAUGGGCAGGCCGCCAUACGGGCCGAAGCGAGGCCCGCGAGACAGGCAGCCUGGUUUCUACCGACCCUCCUACUUCCCAAACCGCCCGUACAUGUCGCAGCAGCCCCCUCGCCGUCAGUACGAGGGCCAGCCCCUGUACCACCCCCAGCUGUACUCCAACCCCGUCCGCUACUCCAACCCCACACACCACAUGUCCCAACCCCAGCAGUACUACAUGAACCAGUACACAGGUCCCUCCCGCAUGGCCCUGCAUGGCAAUAUGGGCAGCCAGGCCGCAGGCAUGUACAAUCGGGCUGCCGGCAUGUAUACGCACCCCUCCCAGCAGCUUAAUGUCCCCCCUGGUGUCACGUCCGUCCCCUACCCCCCUAUGUCCCCCAGCUUGCAUGUACCCGCUGCCGCCUUGCAUGCGCCUAACAUUGCUUCCUCCCCUUCCGCCACAGGUCAGUAUUACCCCGCCCAGGCCCCCGGGCCGGUGGACCCCAACCCGCCUGGCUCCCAGGGCCCCACUCCCAUCCCCGUGCCCUCCUCUGCCGCCAAUGCCACGUACUACACCGCCCAUCCCGGAGGGGACAUGCCCUCCCAUCAGCACUAUGCAUCAACGUACGACAACCAGGCCAGCUACCAGUACCCCGCCACUAUGGGAGGCUCCUGGCAGCCUGCACACGGCGUGCCCUUGUACGGGAGCCCCAACAAGGUCACGGUCGCUUACGCCACCAACUCUCCACCAGUGGGAUAUCAGGGAUAUACCGGGGCCCCUCAGAUGUAGUAGGGGGGUGGGGAACAAACCUAGCCGCUAGCAUGCCUUUCUUCAGGUCUCUUUUCCGACACGAUGUUGUUAAAAACGUACCAGUUGUAGUGUUUCAGUGUUAUUUAUAUACUAGCCUGUGGUUCCCUGUAUGCGUGUAUAGAGGUUCGGAUUUAAGCACAUUCCAUCCCAGUUGCACAACCAGCCAUUGUGUUCGUGGGUGUUGCUCGGGAGCUGCAAGCAGUUGGACACUUAACGAUAUUUUAUAUAACUUGAAGUUCUCGUUAAGCUUUAGGUGUGUCUGACCCUCUAUGAGAACUCCUGGCAGCGAUUGGUUGAUGGUGGACUGAUAGAAAUAGAUGUUAUCAAACACAUCAGUUUCAGCAAACUAUUUUUGCCAUUUUUCAAAGUGUUGAUGAAAAUCUGGGAUCUAUUGAUGCCUUGUUCAGGCAUCGUUCGCAAGCAAUAUACAGAAUUCUUCCUGUUGGAAAAAAACUGGCCCAGAACUAAGCCACUUACAAUAAGUGUAUUGUCAUAGCCCUGCCAUGCAGGAAAGUGGUUGAUAUAAAGUUUUGAAAGGUUUCAAAAAUUUCCUUGUUCAGAUGU